GACAGCGUCACACCGAACCGCGGCUUUUUCCCAUGAUGCCGCGGAACCGAUGCCGCGUUCUGCGCACGCUGCUCGCGCUCGCACUGUUUGGCGCACUGGGGCCUGUGGCCUUCAGCAUGGCGGGUGCGCUCGGCACCCGGACGCGCGGGUCGCGCGCCGGGCGUCGCUUGGACCGGUGUGUGCGGCAUUUUUGGCCUUUCGGGCAGGAGCAGGUGAGCGAAAAGCUGAAGAGCCGCUUCGAGUCCUAUGCGGAGGGCGAGGGCGCAGAGAUGCGGCUGAAGCGGGAGAACCUGCGCAGCGUCCUGGAAUGCACGGAGAGUUUUUGUUUGUCGAAGCAUUGGUUAGCUGAGAGCACCUUGGAUCGGAUCUAUGAGCAGUAUGCCACCAGCGAUGGCAUUGGCCUCAAGGAGUUCGGGCGUUUGGCGCAUGAUGGCUUCUUGUUAGAAGGCAAGAUCGAAGAAUAUGAGAAGGCCUUCACUGGCGUAGAUACCGAAGAGAAGGGAGUGAUUUCCAAGGAAGCUUUAGGACGGCUCUUCGAGGGUCUGGGGAAGUCGCUGAGUAGCGAGGAGCUCACCCGACUCGUGGACGAGGCCGACGUGGACCAUGACGGUAUCGACUUCGCGGACUUCUUGGGCCUGGCGCGAACGCAGCUGGAUCUCGCCGAGGUCAUCAGAUACCUGGAGACGACUCCCGAGCGGCCCUCAGAGCAUGAGGGCGAAACCGACAGCGCCUUGGGGCACAUGAACACCGUGCACAGUGAGGCGGAGCUUUAUGCGAUGAUUGGCCAAGAGGACGCCGUGGUGAAGUUGGCCUUUACCUGGUGCCGACCCUGCAAGGCCUUUCUGCCCAGGUAUGAGAAGUUCGCCAAGAUCUAUGAGAAGACACGGUUCCUGAAGAUCGUGGGGAAUGAGAACGAAUCCUGCAAACACUAUGCCAAGGAAGUCCUCCACGCCAAGAUCUCUCCCAUGUUCGCCGUGUACCGUCAGGGGAAAUUGGUGAAGACCUGGCAUGGCGCCAACAACGGGCGCUUUGUGUCCAACCUCGAAGGGCAGCUCCCCACCGCCCGGGAAUACGCCAAGGAGCGUGAAGCGGCUCAAAAGAAGGAUGACACCCUCGUGUAAGAGUGGGUGUUCAUCAAAGCCUAUUUCACUUGCUGCAGACUUACUGAAGCCAUCGCCGCUUGACUGUUCUUUACGCUUUGCUCAUUUUUACUCCAUCACGGACUCUUAGUUUUGUUUCCGCAUGUUUCCGCAUGUCUUCCAUGCAAAAAAUAAUCGAACAUCAAUUGCCGCCCGGGCCCCUUCAAUUUUGAGACAUUCCGUUCGACAAUUGGUCGUUGAGGCAUCCAAACCAUCCUUUUCCAAGGACGACCGUGGAUUUCGAUGACGUUGCUAGGAUCUCUUUAGCGAGCCAUCCCCAAAGCAGGACCUCUCAA